GUGCCGUAUGGGCCCGGGUUCAAUGAAAAAAGGUGGCGUCAAUGAAGUGCCGUGCACCGGGCCACAGCUAUUCUAACUACGCCUCUGGUAUCAGUGACUUCUCAAUACAAAAGGACAAUUGAUUUUUAAAAAAUAUUUACACCUGUCAUACUUGUUCAAGUGUGGAGGGAGACCUUAACUCACAAUGUCGAUGUAUGGCUACUCUGGUUCUAAUUAUGACAGGUUUGUGGAGAAUACCAACACGUCUACUCUGCACAAAAUGAAGGAGACCUACUGGACCACAAAGCAAGCUGUCAUCAAGAAGCUGGGCAAGAAGGAGGAUGAGCAUGUUGUGGCCUCUGACUCCCAGCUGGAUGCUAAACUUGAGGUAUUUAAAGCCAUUCAAAGAUCAAGUAUGGAACUUUUGCGUGUCAUAGAAAAAUAUCAAGACAGGCUUUGUGUUGUUUCUCAAGAAGAGAAUACCAUGGGUAGACUACUCAAGGCUCACAGCAACAAGGAUAAAACAAGGGCAGGAAAAAUGAUGGGAGCUGUUGGUAAAGCAGAGAGCAAUUCAGCCCAAGAAAGGCUAGCUCUACACAAUCCCCUGCGUCGAUUGUAUCAGGAGGUUGAGACGUUCCGUUACAGAGCAGUGUCUGACACAUUGGUGACUAUAAAUAGAAUGGAGAGUGCAAGGACUGAGUACAGGGGUGCGCUACUGUGGAUGAAGAAUGUCUCUGAGGAAUUGGAUCCAGACAUGUUUAAACAGCUAGAAAAGUUUAGAAAAGUUCAAAGUCAAGUACGUAAAACCAAAGCCAGGUUUGACAAGCUAAAGCUGGAUGUGAUGCAAAAGGUAGACCUUCUGGCUGCUAGCCGGUGCAACAUGUUCUCUCAUGUCCUGGCCAACUACCAGACUAUGUUGCUUCACUACUGGGAGAAGACCUCCAGGACCAUGUCUGCCGUGGCAGAGAGUUUCAAAGGAUAUCAGUAUUAUGAGUUCAACAUGUUAAGGGAGCUGACAGAAACUAGCAAAAAACUAGCACUAGAGACAUCCAAUAAAGAUCAGUCAGAUAGAGAAACAGAUGAUCAAGACCAUAGCUCGAGUGACGAGGAGGAAGACAAACCGGCAAAACCUGAUGCCCAUAGAGAUUUCUACCCAGAUAACCUUUCUUCCAAUUCUGGUGUGGGUUCAAAAGAUUCCAGGUCAUGGUCAGAUCAAAAACUCAAAACAGACUCCCCCUGGCUUAAAAAAGAUUCCUCUGCCAGCUACUGGAAAAAAGCUUCAGGUCUGGCUUCAGAGUCUGGAAAUAAACAAUCAAAUGUGGAUGAUCUCUUAGGACUGGGGUCAGACAACUCAGGUCAAGAAUCAAACUAUGAUUCAAAAAAGAAGACAAACUCGUCAUCCCGUGCCAGUUUUGACAGAGCGUCCACAAGUACACUCCGAAGUUUUGAUCAAGAUAAUGACGAAGACAGUAGAUAUAAGAAAUAUAAUGUCGAUGAUUCUGAGGAUGAAAGCCUGAUCAAUGUAGAAGAAGAUGCCAAGCAGUCCACAGCUUACGAUGAUGCUCUGCUGUCUGAUCUGAGACUAAAGGGAAACAACCAACAAAAAGCAAGACCAAAAGAUGGAGAGAAGAAUUCAGAGUUCGGACCAUUCCUUGAUUUCACUGAGGAUGACAUUCUUCUGAAAGAUGAUGAGGAUGACGACUUCACUGGGAAAAUUAUGGAAGCUGCUGCCAAGAAUAAAGAGAUUCAGAAGUUUGAAGGGAAGGAAAGAGAUUUGUUGUCAGAGAGCUUGCAGCUGGAAGAUGAUGCAGACAAAGAUGACAUGGCUCUCCUCAACGAGAUCCUCAACGCUCCUUCCCAGGGGGAAGAUGAAUUUGCUCAACAGUGGACUGCUGUUUUCGGUAGUGGCCCCAGCCAGUUCAUACCAGAUGUGGUCCCACAGGAGACAGAUGCUGCCAAGCAGAGGUCAGAUUUCCUGCCAUCCAGUUUGCUGGACACCCAAAUGUCCAGUUUGACCUCUGGCAUCGGUAAUCUAUCGCCAUAUGGAGUUGGCGCUAACAUUUCCACCUUUGGAAGUUCCAAUGUCUCCAAUAACAACACUUCCUCUGGACAGCCUCAGACAGCGCCAUCAGCUGCGGGAGCGAAAAAAGGACCAAAAACGAAACCUCAACCAUUAACGAAGGGCGGUCAACAAUCUGAUAUGUCUGCAUGGUUCAACUUGUUUGCUGACCUUGACCCACUCUCAAAUCCAGAUGCCAUUGGUAGAAAGGUAGACGACAUUACAGACGCAUAAAAAAAAUCUGGGACCCAUCAACCAUGGGGCGGCUUGAUGUCGUCACAAGAAUUUCAUGUCAAGUAGUGAUAGACCCGUGUGUUGAUCUUUGAAACAUUCAAAAUAUUUAUAGUGCUAUAUAUCUGCAUCACAUUGUGAUGGUAUUGUUUUGUGAGGAUUAAUAACUGUUCUUAUCAUGUUGUUCUCCAUUAACUUUUUCUUGGUGAGUUUUUGUUUCCAUACCCACAUUAAGUAAGACAAUCUUAUUAAAAUUUAAAGGAUCUUCACCAUUGAUAAAAUGAAUAGUGGGUAUAAAAUAUACAGAUGUGUUACUCUUGAUGUAAUUGCCUAUUCUUUAACAUCAAAAGAUAGCUUUUUUUGUGUGUUUUUUUAAUAAACGAAUAUUGUAGAUUAGUUUCAACUGUUACAUCUUAUGUCAUUCUGUUUUCUAUAAAGUAAGCUUUUAGUGCAAGUUUAAAAGAAAAGAAUAACUUAUUGCUGUACUUUGAGAUGCUGAGAUAAUGUCUAGUUAAGUCUUUGUUAAUGUUAGUCCCAGUCUCCAAAUUAAAAAACAAAAUUAGUUUUUAGCAACAUAAAACAGUUCAUAUUUUCAAACAAAAAAUUAUUUGUAAGUUUCUUCUCAAUUAACGACCUAUCAAAACUAAAAGCAUCAUUAGUUUAUUGGGUUUUUUUAAAUUAGGUUUGUAAAACUUCUAGAGUAAUGUUAAUGAUUGAUCUGCCUCUAAAGAUGAAGCAAAGAAAAUGUAAUUUAAAUGUGUCACCUCAGUGGCAGACUUUACAAAUCAAAAAAAGGCUGAAUAAAAAGCAAAAAUAUAAAAUUGUAUGGAAUAAAAUAUGUUUUAUAAGAUAUUUUUGGGGAUAAACUUAGAGGAGUGAAAUACUAAGUCACAAUACAUUAAUUAAUAUUUAUACAUUACUCUUUCUUCUAGUCAUUUCAAACAGAAAUAUCUUUAAGACAUGUUCUGUACAUUUUUGUUACAUAAUAAACACAAAUGUGAAAUUUUUUUUCAUAAUACAUUCCCUUUAUAUAUAUAUAUAUAUAUAUAUAUAUAUAUAAGAAAGAAUUAGGUUGCGGGGCUUAAUUGUUUUCAAAUGUCAAGAAAAGAUCUUAAAAAAUUGUUGCAAUGCAUUUUUAUUAAGAGUUUGUUUGUAGUCAUUGUAUAUUUUAUACAUAUAUACAUUCAUUUGUUUUAAAAUGUCUCGGAAUUUUUUCAGUUAUUUAAUUAGUUUUGGUCACUUGUCAACUGUCUUUAAAGUUGUGGCAGAUCUAAGUCUCAGUAUUUUAUACAUAAUAAAAAAAAUUUGGUCGAAAUGUUUAGUUAACAAAUGAAAAUGAAUAUGUUGUAAACUUUUAAUAUAAAUGGCCAUGUUAGAGGAGGUAAAAGAAAGUUGAGGUCACUGACCCACAUCCCCUUCCACCAGUGUUGAACCUGUUCUCUCUGUCAUCCUCCUGGAUGAGUGUUUAGAGCUGAUACAUACUUUUUGAACAUAGCUUUUAACAUAAAUUAACUGUUUGAAAAAAAUAAAAGCUAGGCGGGGUGGAAAGUGUAUCAGCAUAGCUUAGCGAUUCCUUUCAUUCACAAUCCUAGAUGAAGCUUUCUAGUGGCACAGCACGGGUCUUUCUAUGUCAAGCAAAUCAUUUGUUACAUCUGCUGAUUCCUCACCUACAAUAGAAAAUGCUUUAGCUCUUAGAUAAUAUUGAUAACUACUGGCAAUAAAUGGAUUGGAUGUAAUUAUCUUCUUCGUUGAGCGUCUGUAAUUUAUAAGAUAAGCCAUGUUUAUAGAUCUCUGCUUACUUUGUUGGUAAAGAAAAAAAUGUGAAAACCUUGGCUAGCUAGAAUUACUAACUGCAUAAUAAUUUGAUAGAGAACAGAUAUAAAUGCUGCCACCAUAAAGAGUGUCAACUGAUUGAUUGAUGAAACCACUUUCUAAUAUUGUUUCUCUUUUACUUCUGUUCUUAAUUCUAAUGCCUGUGCAAUAGUCCAUUUAUACAAUUGUAUAUCCGCAUGUGUGAUAUCAUUUAUUCAGAGUUAAUUAUGUGACUCUUAUGUAUCAGUCAAAUGUUAUGAAAUAUAUUUUAUUUUUAUUUUAAUUUGGAUGGGGUGAUUGUGUUUAUUUAACAUGACCUUUUUUUUUUGUAUAAACUAUAAAAAAAUACCUUUUUUUUUAUGUGUUUUUGAUUUUAUUGUCCAUUUUCCAUGACAAUAAUAUGUUUUCAAAUUUUAGGUUUGUACUUGCUUUAAAUUUUCUAAAAACAUUUAAAACAUAAUUUGAGUUCACUGCCAUAAUAUUUUUUUUUUUGUCAUUAAAUAUUUUUUUGGCCAUCAAAAAAGUGUCCAUAUCUUUUUUUCCCAAAACUUUUGGGUUAGAUCUUAAUGUCUAAAGUUGUGUUUGCGUCCAAUACCAUUCUUUUUGUAAUCAAUAAAACUGAAUUGAACUGAAUGAAUUGAUCUGACAGCAAAGCUCAUUCCUCCAAGCAGUUCUGCAUCAAAUUUUUUGAUACAAACUCGUAAUAUUAAGAUGUUGUGUGUGAGGAUGCUGAUGUACAUUUUUUUUAAUGGAAGAACUUUUGGGCUUUUGAAUAUUUUUUUUUGUUUGUAUCCAAUAAUAAAUAAGAAAUGUCUUAGAAAUGAAAAAGUAGUUUCUAACAUCAUAAACAUUUUGACAUUAAACUGUAUAGUGACUGUUGACAUUGAUAGUCAUUGUCAGUUGUAUUUUAACUUAAGACUGAACAACUCAGCCAUGAUUGUUCUAUUUGUAGAGAGUACCCUGCUCAGGAGUACAAUUUUAAAACCAGAAAUACUAUUCAAGGCUUUUAUGUAGCAUAAUGCAUGAAGGUUCAACAUAUUUCUUAUCUAAUGAUUCUGUGUCAUUAAAAGGUGGGCACUAUGGUUGGUGCCUCUACAGCGCACCACAUGUGACAGCAGCUAGUAUGGAAGAGACUCAUUUGGAGACCCGGGGGAUCUGCAAAAGGUUUUGGCCUCCUUAAGUUUCCCUUUAUAUUAACGCCUUCAUAAGUUAUUGGCAUUUUUUAAGUUGUACUCCUGAGUCGAAAACCCUAUAUGUACCUGCAUGUUGUAAUUUUAAUAAUCAUUAUGUUCCUUUGGGAUCUGAGGUGUGGGACAAAAAUAAAUCAGAUAUUAUUUAAAUUAUUGAUUGACAAAUAUUUUUUUCCUAAUGUGUUUUUAAUUGAAUAUAUUGUUUGUGUCUAAAUAAAUAGUAUUGCCUUUGUGCGGUCAAUCCGUUUAAUUCCAGUUAUUUUUCUCAAAAAAAUAAUAUAUUUUAAUAUUGGUUGUGCUUAAAACAUCUUAGCUUCCAUUUAUUUUGCAAUUAUUUUUGUUUCUCCUUUCUGUGUAUAAAUAUUAUUUGAUAAAAAUAGAAAAAUAAGAUUUAUGUCACAACCAUGUAAAGUAUUUUCCCCAUAUUCCUUAUGACAGCAAUUAAUUCCAGACACAAGUAUAUGCUGCUUCAUUAAGUUCAUUGUACGUGUAUUGAUACAUUACCUUAGUAUUGACUAAACCACAUUACUAAACAUGAUUUAUAAAUAGAAAUGUAGCUGAUUUCUAUUCCAUACUGUCAGGUCUAGCUGACUUUCAAAUUGGCCAAAUUCAACUAAAAAAUAUCAAUUAUCAGUGACAUAAAUUAUCUAUAAAAAAAACAGCCCUAAACAGGCUGAUUACUGGUUGUGAUGGCAGCUAGUAGGCUACUAACUCUAGUUACCACUUAAACUUAUUUUUACUUAUCUUAAUACAACUUACAUUUAGUAAGGUUUUAAUUUAUUUUUGUAUUUACUCUUUUUAAAAAAAAAACACACUAUUUUAACCAGUUAGGACUUUUCUUCUCAUCAUUUGAUAGUUUACUGGUAUUCUGCUUAGAUAGAGAGGCCUUCAUGUAAAACUAAGAAUAUAUGAAGAAAGAUGCUAAUUUACAACAUGUUUGGUAUUUCAAGGGACAAUAUCAUUAUUUUUAAUCUCUUAAAAAAAAGAACUUACAAAGAUGAAACUGUAUUUUUAUGUUCAACUUUUUCCUUUGUUUUGUUUUUUUACAUUUUUUAAGCCACAUUUAUACAUACAAAUUUAAUCUAAUGUGUUCAUUUUAAUUUUUUUGUUUUUCUUUUAGUUUAUCUAAGUUUUAUUUUUACAUUUAUGCUAAUUCAUACAAAAUUUUAACUAUUUUUUUAUUUUUCUUUGUUUUAAAAUUUAGAGUGUGUGCAAGAUAUUAUGCAUGACAUUAAAAAAAAAGUGAAAGCUGAAUUUUGGUUUCAAACUUUUCUUUAAUUGGUAAUGUUGAGGUAUCAUUGUUGUGAGACUUUGUCAUGGAACAGAAUAUCAUUAGAUCAUUAUUUCAUUACAUUUGGUCUUCUUGUAUUAUCUAUAAUAAACUUAAAAUGGACCAAAAAAUG